AUGAGCGCAUCCUUUGAGGAGCCGGCCCCUCUACCAGGGAACUGGCCCGUGGACCCCCAGGAGGAUACGCCCAUUUCAGAGAAUCGUGUUUGGGUCGACGGAUGUUUUGACUUUAGCCAUCAUGGACAUGCGGGAGCUAUGCUUCAAGCCCGUAAGCUAGGCAAAGAACUAUUCGUGGGCGUACAUUCGGACGAAGCAAUCCUGGAGAACAAGGGACCAACGGUGAUGACUUUGGAAGAACGUGUCGCUGCAGUAGAGGCGUGCCGCUGGGCAUCUCGGUGUAUUCCCUGUGCCCCAUACGUAACGUCGCUUCCCUGGGUGUCUCAUUACGGCUGCCAGUAUGUCGUUCACGGCGACGACAUCACCUCUGAUAGCAACGGCGACGACUGUUACCGGUUUGUCAAAGCAGCAGGACGCUUCAAAGUGGUCAAACGAACCCCUGGGAUCUCCACAACAGAUCUUGUUGGCCGUAUGCUCUUGUGUACCAAGAGUCAUUUCAUAAAAUCCGUCGAGGCUACGCUUGCCGGGGAAGAAGGCUCCAGAAACUGGGAGGAACGAAAGGAAUUCGCCGCGGAUCUUAUGCAACGGAUUAAGGAUUAUGCCACCGAUGAGACUGGACUACAACCUGGACCUCAGGUUUCGACUUGGUCUGGUUCGAGUCUAGCCAAACUUGACGGCAAUGUUGAGGAAGCAGGGACAUUUGAGAGUCUUGUUCAUGGGAAGCCUCCAAAGCCUGGGCAGCGGAUUGUUUACGUUGACGGUGGCUUUGACCUUUUUUCAUCUGGUCACAUCGAGUUCCUUAGACAGGUCUUAGCCCAAGAGGAGACAGACGGUCACAAGCGUGACUGGUAUAACCCUGAACAGAAGAAAAGCAGAUUGGAAGAAUCCGGCGAGGACUAUCCUCCAGCUUAUAUCAUCGCCGGUAUCCAUGAUGAUGAUGUGAUUAACAAGUGGAAGGGACUCAAUUAUCCGAUCAUGAACAUCUUUGAGCGUGGACUCUGUGUUCUCCAAUGCCGUUAUAUCCAUGCCGUCGUCUUUUCGGCUCCCUUUUCUCCAAGUCAACCUUACCUUGAGAACAUGCCAUUUGGUGUCCCCGACGCCGUUUAUCACGGCCCAACAACGUUUAUUCCGCUUACAUAUGAUCCCUAUACUGCCCCAAAGAAAAUGGGCAUUUUCAGGGAGACCGAGUCCCAUGCCUUCCAGCAUGUGAAUGCUGGCGAAAUCGUUGAUCGGAUCCUAAAGAGUCGAGAAGCAUAUGAAGAAAGGCAGCGCGCCAAGUUGCAGAAAGGCGCCAUCGAAGACUUGGCCAAGGCAAAGGAAGAGACAGCAUAA